AUGGAUCAAAGAGUCGAGCUGCUCGAACAAUCAGUUCAGUCUCUUUCGGGUGGUCAGGAAGGCAUCGCUAAGCGCCUUGAAGAGCUUUUCUCUCAGCUCAAUUCACGGAUGGACCGAUUGUCCAUUCAGUCCUCUCCUGGAAAGGGAGUCGAAUAUGAGGCACACACCCCUGAGUCUAGAACCAACCUUACUCGCUCUGGGAGUACUUCUUACACUCCUAAACUGGUAAAACUGGACUUUCCACGUUUUGAUGAGAAGGAAGACCCUUCAAGCUGGGUUUGCAGGGCAGAGCAAUUCUUUCAAUUCCACCACACGUUGGAUGACGAACGAGUUGAGAUUGCCUCAUUCCAUUUGGUGGGUGAUGCACAAUUAUGGUACCAGUUACUUAAACAAGAGAAUCCUGUAAUUACAUGGGCAGAUUUUAAAGAAGGAUUUUAUGCAAGGUAUGGUCCUAACCAACUUGUCGAUUACUUUGGGGAAUUGUCGAAGCUUCAACAACGUCGUACCGUUCAAAUGUACCAAACUCAGUUUGAAAAAUUAUUGGCGAAGGUGGGGCCAUUAUCACAAGCACGACAAGUUGGCUGCUUUGUCAGCGGGUUGAUCUCAUCCAUUAGAACAAAUGUGCAAGCCAAUCGGCCGAAGUCCUUAUCUGAAGCGAUCGCACUAGCAAGGUUGUAUGAAGCCAGAAAUUCAGUCCAAGUGAAGGGGACCUCCACAACGUCCCGUCCAGCAUUUCAAACAUCACGUCCCUCACCUGUAAUCAGUCAACUAGCAGCAAAUCCUAUAAAACGUCUGACUUGGGAAGAACUCAAUGAAAGAAAGAAAUUGGGUUUAUGCUUCAAGUGCAAUGAGAAAUUUGGACUUGGGCACCGAUGUAAAAAACUCUUUUCAAUUCAAGCAGUUUUAGAAGAGAGUGAUGAUGAUAUGGAGAUGGAGAUAGAAGAGCAAGAUCAAACAGAGGUACCUGCAAUUUCCUUACAUGCAAUCUCAGGAUUUGAAGGACCAGACAAGAUGAGGCUUAGAGGGAAAUUGGCAAAUCAGUUUGGCACUAUUUUAGUGGAUUCUGGCAGCACCCACAACUUUGUGAGUGAGAAAUUUGCACGGAAAGCGGGCAUAGAACCAACUACAAGCAAAAAAAUUAAAGUGCUUGUUGCUUCUGGGGAGGAACUAAUGAGUUCAGGUAAAUGUACACAAACUGAAAUUCUGAUUCAGGGAGUUCCAAUUAUUGUAGAUUUAUACAUUUUACCUUUGGAAGGCUAUGAUGUGGUUCUUGGAACACAGUGGCUGCGAACAUUGGGGACAAUAAUUUGGGAUUUUUCAGAUCUUCUCAUGACGUUUAAUUUGGAUGGGAAGCAAGUGAUUUUGCAGGGAUCAAUAGUUCCAGAUAAUCAGCUUAUCUCAGCCUACCGGAUGGAGCAUCUGAUCCAGUUUGCGAAAAAAGGGUUCCUGCUACAGAUAAUUGGAGACCAAUCGGAUUCUCCAGAGAUUCCUAAGCUGCACCCACAAAUUCAGGCUUUCUUGGAUAAAUUCAGAGUCGUUGCGAAUGAACCAGUGGGGCUACCCCCUCAAUGGCUCCAUGACCAUAAGAUUCCUUUAAAAAAUUCCGAACCUAUUUCUGUCCGUCCUUACCGCUACCCACACUACCAGUAG